AUGGAGGAGAUUGAGGAAGAACCGGAGGAAUGUGGCUUCCAUGGAGUUCUAAGAUACAGAAGAGAGUCAGAAUGGAGAAAAAUCGGUCUUCUGCCUCCCUCUACUAGUGACCACACUGUCUGGUGUGAGUUUUGUGGUGUGAAAGCAAGGCCUCCACUUGAUUUUUCAAAGCCCACACGUCCAGAGGAUUUCUGCUGUGCUCAGUAUAUGGAGAUGUUCAAAAAGGUGGAGCAGUACUGGCGCAUGUUGGAAAGUGACUCUAACAAGGAGAAAGGAUUGCAGCAAGUUGCAAAGGAAAGUCUCAGAAAGCCCAAAAAACAAACUGAGAUUCCAGGCUGUAAAGUGACGUCUUCGCGUUUGUUCACCACCAUCAGUUUCCGGCUUUCUGAGUUUUUACGCUUCAGAAAGAAAGAGCCAAAGCCCAAACCAGCCAAGCUCUGCAGCAAUAUUUGUUCAUUUCUUCCAGGAUUUGGUCUCUGCCAUAAACAGGGCCACCUCCAGAAGUUUUACUCGAAUGGGAAUAAAUUUCUCAUGGCGCUUCCAGAUGGCACAUCCCAAGUCUUCUAUCCCUCAGGAAAUUUAGCGAUUAUCACUUUCGUAGAUGACAUGGAGGGGGUCUGCAUUAUUUUUGAUGACACCAGGACAAGCUGUACAGUUAGAGCGUUCUUCCAGUCUAGUGGCAUUGCCACCUGUUACCAUAGUAAUGGGAAUACAGGAUUAUACAUGGAGCUGUCGGGAGGCCUGAGUCAAAACGAAGACAGCUCCAGGAGACGGAAGUGGAAAUGGACAGGACAGAACAAGAACAAACCAACCCCGUUCAAACCCAUCUACCUGUCACUCAAUAAAAACAUUGGUGUAAGAGUACAAGGUCGAGAAUCUGUCUUUGUGACUUUCCUGGCCUCGGGACAGCAGGCUCGCAUUUGCGUAGGCAGCUACACAAAGCCAAUCGACCUCAUGCCAACUCUGUGUAAAGAGGAGCUGUUGCUGAAGGUGAAAAAGCUCACUGCCCGGCUAGCCCUCGAACGCCUGCGUUGGGCCCUCACUUUUCACUUGGACACUAAGCAUCGGGCUCUCAGGCUUCCCCCAGCCCUUGUCUCUCAAGGACGGAAACUUCUCAGGCUCAGCUUCAGUGUCUGCAUGGAGGACGCGGAGAGGGCCUAUAUACAGAGCUGCCUGCAUGAUUGCCAGUGACCUCUGACCUUGGACCAGUCAGAGGUGGAAAAAGUGCACAAAUUCAAUACUAAAGUAAACCUACUUGCCUAAAAUGUACUCCAUUAUAAGCAGAAGUACCACAUAAAAUUAGAAGAUUAGAAAAUGACUUUAUUAAAAAAUCCUGAGUACAUGCUCUAAAAUGAGUUUCAAGAACAAAAGUACAGGUACUCCACAAUGAAACCCAUUUUUUUUAUAUCUAUCUGAAUGAGCUACAGAUGAACAGUAUUUUAAAGUAUUUUAACACAAUUGAAGUUGAUACCGUUGAAAACAUGAAUGUGGAAGUCUCGUAGACAUUUGUUUUCUGCAUAAAUCUAAAAUCUUCAUCGUUUUUAUAAG